UGUUUUAGUUUCUGGUCUUUACGAGGUACCUGAGGACAUGAUUACAUUCUAACAUCACACAUUCUUCUCUCUUAUUUCUUUCUCUCUCUUCUUCUUCUUCAAUGCAACUCUAUUCUGUUUGGUGACACGACACAACACAACAUCCUCUGAAACGUAAAGUAGCACGCGCCACCCUUCUCUCUCUCCUUCACCAACUCUGCUCUCAGCUUCCGCUGCAAUCACAAUGCCGGCAACCGAGACCAGGACGGUUCAAGUUAAGCAGCUUUCAGAUCUAGCUGGUGAGAGAGAGAUUCACGAGUUCUUCUCCUUUUCUGGGGAAAUCGAGCAUGUUGAGAUCCUCAGUGAAGAUGGGAAAUCAAAGAGUGCAUAUGUGACAUUUAAAGAUCCCAAAGCACUUGAAAUUGCAUUAUUGUUAUCGGGAGCAACAAUAGUAGACAAGGUUGUGAAGAUAACUCCAGCUGAGGACUAUGUACCAAAUCGUGAGAUGCAAGAAGUAAGGGUGGUGGAAAAUGCCAUAAGUGUUGCUCCUUCUGAAAAUGUCUCAUCAAAUGUUGAGGAGGGGAAAGCAAGCCCCACUAAUGGAAGAAUGUACCUUAACAGGGCACAAGAUGUAGUUACAAGUAUGCUGGCAAAAGGUUCAGCAAUAAGACAAGAUGCUGUGAACAAAGCUAAAGCAUUUGAUGAAAAGCAUCAAUUUACUGCUAAUGCAUCUGCAAAGGUCGUUUCUUUUGACAAGAGAGUUGGAUUGACGGAGAAAUUGACUGUAGGCAUUGCUGCAGUGAAUCAGAAAGUGAAGUCUGUGGAUGAGAGGCUUCACGUUUCGGAUAAAACAAUGGCAGCAAUAUUUGCCGCCGAGAGGAAGUUGAAUGACACUGGAUCAGCUGUCAAAACAAGCAGAUAUGUGACUGCUGGAACUGCAUGGUUAAAUGGUGCUUUUAGCAAGGUGGCAAAGGCUGGGCAUGUUGCCAGUACUAAAACUAGAGAAAAAUUUCAUUUGGCUGUUUCAAACUUGACAGCAAAGGAACCGUCAGUGGCUGCAUAGGCUACAAUUUUGGUAAUCAAGUCACUUCAUCAGGUCUUUCAGAGCAUGUGCUGUUUUCUUUCUGUCCUUCAACAAGUUAGAUGCAUGUGGCAAGUGCGGUGAUUCAAUUUGAUCCUAUUUUUUGUAUUCUUUUGUCACUCUUGUGUUUUAGUUGUUGCUUCUAUGUAAUUUAGCAUUGGUAAUUUUGGCUUUUUCUUUCUUUUUGUGAAAAAAGAAGUUAUAGGUGUGAUGAAACUGUUUUUCAGUUUUCACUAUAUCUUUUGUCGAAAUUCAAAAAUUUAUCUGUGCAUGUACAACUUGACAUCUGGUUCAAAGAGUUCUGUGGGAAAUUAUCAUCUUGCAGACUACAGAAUUUCGUUUCUUUGCUGA